CUCUCUUUUAUUCUUAUUUAUCUCUCUCCGAACCCUCCACUCUUCAAUUAUUUCCUCUCUAUUCCUUCAUCUUUCUACUUCUUCAGCAAAGUUAUUUUCAUCUCCCAUCAAAUUGUUUAAAAUUGCAGAGAUUUGAACAUUUGAUCUUGUAAUUUUCUGUUAGAUUGAAUUCUAGCUAUGGCUUUUGAAACUUGGUUGAUAAAAGUGAAAACGGCAAUAUCAAACAGCUUCGACUCUGCGAGAUCGUCGGUUCCGAAACCAAAAGCAUUGAAGAAAUCAAAUGUUGGAGUUUUGGCUUUUGAGAUUGCCGGACUCAUGUCCAAGCUUCUCCAUCUCUGGAACUCUCUCUCUGAUAAGAACAUCGUUCGUCUCAGGAACGAGUCCAUAUCUCUCGAAGGCGUUCGGAAGAUCGUCUCCAAUGAUGAGUCCUUCCUUCUAGGCCUUGCCUGCGCUGAGAUGGCGGAAAACAUCAGGCUCGUGGCGAAAUCCAUUUCCACCAUAACCCGGCGAUGCCAGGACAUAAAACUCCAGGAUUUUGAUCGGAUUUUGGAAGAGUUCGCAACCUCCGGUCAUGAUCCUCACGGCUGGGUUUUGAGUGGAAAGGAAAUGGAAGCUAAAAACAAGAAGAUGGACAGAUACGUGACGAUUACAGUGACUUUAUUCAAAGAGAUGGAGGAGCUAUCUGCAAUUGAGAGCAGUUUCAGAAAAGCUGUACAGUGUAAAGAAUUGGAGUCAGCUACAAAGGAACAGAAGAUUAUCGAUCUGCAGCAGAAACUUUUCUGGCAGAGGCAGGAAGUCAAGUACUUAAAAGAAAGAUCCUUAUGGAAUAGAAGCUUUGACACAGUAGUUUCAAUGCUUGCAAGAUCCGUUUUCACUGUUUUAGCAAGAAUCAAGCUCGUUUUCGGUGUCGGCCAUGGAUACCUGCCGUCUCUACCUCGCAGCCUCUCUGCUUCUGCUACAGUUCAUCCCACAGAAAACCCUAACCCAUGUACCUUUGUAUCCGGUCCAUUGAAAAGUUCAAAACUUGAUGAGAAAACCGAAAUGGGCACUAAAUUUUUGGAGUCCAAUUCGAGGCUACUAAAGCCACCGGAGAGUACACUUGGGGCGGCGGCACUAUCCUUGCACUAUGCUAAUUUGAUUAUUGUCAUAGAGAAGAUGAUAAAGUCACCGCAAUUGGUUGGGGUUGACGCAAGGGAUGACCUAUAUGCAAUGCUACCGGGCAGCAUAAGGGCGGCACUAAGGGCGAGGUUGAAGGGGGUGGGAUUCUCAGCCAGUGAUCCGGUGCUGGCCGGAGAAUGGAGGGCAGCGUUGGGGAGGAUACUGGGGUGGUUGUCACCACUGGCACAUAACAUGAUCAAGUGGCAAAGUGAAAGGAGCUUUGAGCAGCAAAAUUUGGUUCCAAAAACUAAUGUUCUUCUGCUGCAGACACUGUUUUUGGCAGAUAAAGCGAAGACUGAAGCUGCCAUUACUGAAAUGUUGGUGGGGUUGAAUUAUAUUUGGAGAUUUGAGAGGGAGAUGACAGCAAAAGCAUUGUUUGAAUGUAGUAAUGUUAAUGGGGUAGUGUUGAAUUUGCAAAAUUCAAGCUGAGAGGAGACUUAAUGUAUUUUUAUUACUUUUGGUCCGGUUUUAGUCAAUUGUGGCUGUUUCUGCAAUUUGUAGAUUGAAUUGAGUUUCAGAUUGCUGAUAUUUGAGGGUUUGUUUUGGGAAUUUCAAACCCUGAGCUGUAUAUGAUGUAUGUAAAUGAUCACAUCUCAUAAAAUUGAGUCAAAAUU